UUCUCUCCUCUUUCCCCCCUCUUUUUUUCGGGUCAGUCCGAGAACCCUAGGCGCACUCUCCUCCGUAGGGUUUCUUCGUGAUCGCUUAAAGCUUCCACAAGCGUCUUCAACCCCGCGCUGAUCUAGGAUUUGCCUUCCUGCGAGGACCCUGGGAGGAAAAGAAUGGCGCUCAAACAGAAGGGCGGCGAGAUUUCGGCGGAAGCCAAGAAGCGGAGGCGUGUCGGUUUCGCCAAUAUUGAUACUGGAGUUGAGGCAAGCGAGUGCAUUAAAGUUUUUCUUGUAAAAAGUGGAGAUGAAGUGGGAUCAACAAACAGUUUUUGUAUCAACCCAGUUGACCUUAAUCAGUUUUUUGGUGAAGAUGGGAAGAUAUACGGCUAUAAAGGCUUAAGGGUUAACAUUUGGUUGAGUACAGUGUCAUUUCAUGCUUACUCUGAGAUUACAUUUGAGAGCACCAGCGACGGUGGAAAAGGGAUCACUGAUCUUGAGCCAGCUCUUCAGGAUAUAUUUGGUGAAUUAUUGACUGAGAAAGAACAAUUUCUUCAAACAUUUUCAACAGAGCGUAAUUUCAUUAGAAAUAUCAUAUCCGAUGGUGCAGUUGUUCCUUGCAAAACCUCAGAGGAGGAUGAUCAUGCAUCUAAUUCAAAUUCUGAAGCUGAUGGUUCAAUGAUUGAGGUUAUCCGGAUGAAACAGGACAGUGAGCCUGUUUGUUUACUUUAUAGUCGACUGGUUCCUCUUGUACUGCUUCUUGUUGAUGGUGGCAGUCCAAUCGAUGUAACUGAUCCAAGAUGGGAAAUCUUUUUGGUUGUGAAGAAGGUCCAAGAUCCUCUGGGUGAUUGUAUAACCAAUGUGCUUGGUUUUGCCACUGUUUAUCGCUUCUUUCAUUACCCAGACAGUACACGUUUACGGAUUGGCCAGAUCUUAGUAUUGCCCCCUUACCAGGGUCAAGGCCAUGGACGCCAUCUCUUAGAGUCUGUGUAUUCUGUUGCAGUAUCUGAAAACAUAUAUGAUGUGACUGCUGAAGAGCCUUCAGACUACCUUCAGUAUCUUCGUGCUUGCAUUGACACCAAGCGCUUGCUGUGCUUUCAGCCGAUAAAGCCAGCCAUUAAUUCAGUUGUUUCAUGCUUAAAGGAAGGGAAUCUAUUAAAGCGGAUUUGCAGGUCAAGCUCCUGCCCACCGGCAAGUGCGAUGGAAAUUGCACGACAGAAGCUAAAGAUCAACAAGAAACAGUUCCUUAGAUGCUGGGAGGUCCUCAUCUAUCUAAACCUCAAUCAAGAGAACAGCAAGUGUACUGAAAACUUCAGAGCCUGGGUUUCAGAUCGUGUUAAAAGUGACAUAGUUGAUAAAGAUGCCGUGGACAGUAGGAAACAUCUUGUCGAGGUGCCAAAUGACUAUGACCAUGACAUGACAUUUGUUGUAUGCUGGUCGCAAAAUGGUGGAGAACCAGAUGGUAUUGAUGGCAAUCCAGGGGGAAGCCAAUCAACACAAGAUGAGCAGUUAAAUGAGUUGGUCAAGAAGCGAUUGGAAGAUAUUGUUAAGAUCACUAACAAGGUUUCUGCAAUUCCGAGAAAUUAAGUAGUGUGGGGGUUAAAGCUUGCUUAUCGAGUGCUAGUGCAAAAGGGCGUUAACUUAGCAGAAACUUGAUUGUAAAUUGUUACAUCAUUUUUUUUUUCAACUCAAGAGUCAUGUUUGAUGUAGUGUCUGGACCUGUUUAUGAGCUGAAUGUAUGAUCUUAAUUGCCAUAUUUAUUAAAACUUGGAAUUUUGAUGUUUGGUGGAA